AUGGGAAAUUUUAAGAAAGAGGCAUCCCGUCGUGGCCGUAAGGACACUGCUAGCGAUGGCAUGGCCAAUGUCAAAGUUAAGGGCGAGAAUUUCUACCGCGAUGCCAAAAAGGUUGGGCGAUUGAAUAUGUACAAGGAGGGGAAACCUAUCCGAAAUAAAAAUGGAGAUAUUCUUAAAGCUGCCUCUUUCCAAUCCCGAGAAAUUCCAACCGCCCGAAUUGAGCCCAAUAGGAAAUGGUUUGGCAACACAAGAGUUAUUUCGCAGGGCGCUCUUACCUCUUUUCGAGAAGCAAUGGCCCAAAAAGCGAAUGACCCGUAUCAAGUUCUUUUGAAACAGAAUAAACUUCCCAUGUCUCUUCUCGCGGAUCCUACUUCAAAGCAACACGCUGCGAAAAUCCACGUCGAGACAGAGCCCUUUGCACAGACCUUUGGUCCAAAAGCACAGCGGAAGCGUCCUAAAUUGGCAGUUUCCACUUUGGAGGAUUUAGUAGGCGAGUGUGAGGUGAAAGACAAAAAAUAUGAAGAAACUCUCGAAAUGAAACUUCUAUUGUCUGCCAAGGAGCCUAUAUUCUCAAAGGGUCAAAGUAAAAGAAUUUGGAAUGAGCUUUACAAGGUCAUCGAUUCAUCAGAUGUUGUAAUACAUGUUCUUGAUGCCCGAGAUCCCUUGGGAACUCGAUGCCGAAGCAUCGAGAAAUAUAUCAAAGAAGAAGCGCCUCAUAAGCACCUCAUCUUUGUACUAAAUAAAUGUGAUUUGGUUCCUACAAAUGUAGCGGCCAAGUGGGUUCGACGUCUUUCCAAAGAUUACCCCACUCUAGCAUUCCAUGCUUCUAUAAACAACUCUUUCGGGAAAGGAUCUCUAAUUCAACUCCUACGUCAAUUCUCUGCUCUACACUCAGAUCGCAAACAGAUAUCUGUCGGUCUGAUUGGUUACCCCAACACAGGUAAAUCUUCCAUUAUCAACACCUUACGCAAGAAAAAAGUGUGCACGGUGGCGCCCAUUCCCGGCGAGACCAAGGUGUGGCAGUACAUUACUCUGAUGCGUCGUAUCUUUCUGAUCGAUUGCCCGGGUAUUGUUCCUCCCUCGGCCACCGACACCGAAACCGAUAUCCUUCUUAGAGGUGUUGUCCGUGUCGAGAAUGUCUCGAAUCCAGAACAGUACAUACCUGCUGUUUUAGAGAGGUGUAAGCAGCAACAUAUCGAGAGAACAUACGAGAUCAAAGGCUGGAAAAACGCAACCGAAUUCUGUGAAAUGCUGGCACGGAAGGGGGGCAGACUGCUGAAAGGUGGCGAAGCGGAUAUGGAUGGUGUCGCCAAAAUUGUACUAAAUGAUUUUAUGAGAGGGAAGCUUCCUUGGUUUACGCCUGUCCCCGAGAUGACUGAAGAGGAGGAAGCCAAGAAUGUCAUUGCGCUCAAAGGCAGAGAGGGCCGAUUGGGUGAAAUGAGGAAAAAGCGCAGCGCCGAUGAAAUGGAGGGCUCGCAGGUGGCAAGUACCACGGCCGGCGAUGAAGAGGAAGUCGAUGAGGAAUGGGGUGGGAUCAAUAGCGAUGAUGAUAAUGUAGUUGAUGAGCAAGGUGAGGGCGAGUGGGAAGAUGAUGAGGAUAACGAGGACGAGAACGACGAAGAGGCGAGUGUCGAUGCGGAUGAAGACGACAAUGCCACAUUGGUUGCUGACCAAGACACUUCGAGCGAAGAAGAAGAACAGGUUAUUGUUAAGCCCAGAGCCGAUGGGCGUAAAAGGAGGAAACAAAUCUGA